CUACAAACAUCACUCUCGAACCCGAGAAUGAAACUCGUACAACAGCCUGUCUCAAUGCCAUUCUCGACUUCCACGUUUGUGUUGGGUGGAUCCAACCACAAUCGAGCAAGCCGCCACGCCACGCCACGCCACGCAAAUGCGGAAGGUCGCUGAGAGCGCCCCAUAAGUGCUUACUGCAAUACUACUAUUGACUCCACAGACAAUACGACACAACAUAGGAAUGACUCAAGGACUACCUUCAUCGUAUAUAAGCUGUCGUGAUCAGGACGCUGUUGCCUUCCUAACGGCCAACUGAAAUUUGCGGGUCUCCGUCACAAGCCUUCUGCUGCAACGUUAUCGUCGUUCGGCCUUCACAAACGAUCUAGCAGCGUUUCCGUUUGGCAAACAACGUCGCAAUCAAGAAGAGUGAGAACCGAGCUUCUGCAUACACCAGCCUAAGCAUCAACCUCGAUCCUCAUCCACAAUGGCCGCACAACCCACACCAGCCCACCCAGCAGCAAUGGAAGCGCAAGUCGCAGCCCAAGCCAACUCAGCCGUCUCAACAGCAACCACAUCCGACCCACCAAUCCCCAAACCCAUCUUCACCACCUCUCGCCUCAUCGUCAGGCAACUACAUCCUCAGGACGCCCCCUCAAUGUCCCACCACGCCAACAACCCCAAAAUCACCGAGUUCAUGUCUCUCGGCUUCCCUUCGCCCUACACCCUAGAAGCUGCCAAUGGCUGGAUCAAUAUGAACCUGACGCCACCCAUCUACAACUGGGGCAUCAGCCUGCGCACCUCGCCCUCCACCAUAAUCGGCGGGUGCGGUCUCAAGCCGGGCGUCGACGUGCAGACCCACGCCGCAGAAGUAGGAUACUGGAUCGGCGAGGAGUUCUGGGGACGGGGACUGGUGACGGAGAUGCUUGCGGGGUUGACGCGGUGGGUGUUUGAGGCGGAGGAGAGUUUGCUUGCGGGGAAGGAGGGUGGGAAGAGGUGGACGAGGUUGUGGGGAGGGGUUUUUGAGGGGAAUAAGGGGAGUAUUCGGUGUUUUGAGAAGUGUGGGUAUAAGCAAGAGGGUGUGUUGAGGGGGGCGGUGGAGAAGAAUGGGGGGGCUAGUGAUUUGGUUGUUUUUGGGUUAGUGAAGGGGGAGUGGGAGGAGAAAGAGAAGGCUUGAGGAGCUGUCGUUGUGUCCAUUGAAUGAGCCAAAAACUCGGCCUUGUGCAAAUGGUGUACUCUUUCCAUUCGUGCGAUCAAGUUGUCUGUACCUCUGGACCA